AUGCAUAUUUCAGCUACAACGAAUCCUAUACAAGUUCAAGGUUAUUUGGCUGGUAUUGAGCCUCUUAAUGGCACGAACUACUUCAAAUGGAAGUCAAACCUUGAUAUAGUCCUUGGCUACUUGGAAUAUGACAUCGCUCUAAGAGAACCUAAACCAGAAAUGCUUGUCGAUACUUCUACUAGAAAUGAAAAGAUAGAUUUCCAUAAAUGGGAGAAGGAAAACAGAAUGAGUAUAAUGAUCAUUCGAGGUGCAAUUCCUGAUGCCAUUCGAGGUGGAAUUCCAAUAAAAGAUACUGCUAAAGAGAUAAUGGAAGUUAUUCAGUCAAAAAUUAUGAGUUCAACGAAGUCUAUGAUUGGUACUCAUAUGGGUCAGCUGACUUCCGUGCGGUAUAAUGGUGAAGGUAUUGUUCGAGAUCACAUCCUCCAAAUGGAAGAUCUGGUAUACAAAUUACGGGGUCUGGAUAUGAAUCUAAAUGAUGAUUUUCUAGUACAACUUGCAGUUAAUUCACUCCCUAAGCAGUUCGAGACUUUCAAGGUCAACUAUAACACUUGUGACAGAAAAUGGAAUGCAUAUGAAUUGAUCGCUCAUUGUGUGCAAGAAGAGGAAAGGCAGCGACGUGAAACUAAAGAGUAUGCACAUUUUACUACUGCUGGUUGA